GUUUAGUGUACAACGGUUAAGACAGCCUAUAAAUUGAUGUGUUUCUAUACAGCCUAUAAAUUGAUGUGUUUAUAAUGUGUUUCUGUGAUUAUCAAAUAUUCGAGUCUCUCAAUUAGGCCACAGCCGCGUGGAGACAAGGCUAAUACUGGUGAACCUCAGAAUCUACACAUUCAACACGAGAAAAUUUUCAGGUCCAAAAUUCUGGCAGAAAUUUAUCCGGCCAAGUUUUUCAAUUUAUCCAAAUGCCUCUAGGCAAGCCGUUGAAGGAGUUUUUUAAACCAGUUGAUGAAGGGUCUGUCAAACAUGUCCCAUGUUCAACAGGGGAAUCACUGCCAGAAAAUGCUGUUGAAGGUGGAUAUGAUAACGGACCAUCUUACCACGGGAGAGGAAUUGUUUCGGAGAAAACAAUUCCAGGCAAGGUCGGAGUAGAUUCGCCUAGAAAUGGCCGUUUGAAAGGGGCGUGCAUUCCUUACGGAUCUAAAGAGCACCGCGUCCACACAUUCGAGGUGCUCACAUCAACAUCGAAAACAUCCUAUGUGAGAUGCAAAACUGGUGACAAGCCACCAAAAAAUGCUAUUGAAGGAGGCUACGAUGGAGGUCCUUCAUACCAUGCAAGGGGCGUAGUUGCAGGAAAGAUGAUUCCUGGAAAAGUUGGAGUGGAUAAGGAAUACGAUGGGAAUCUUAAGGGAGCAUGCAUCGCCUACGGUGGCAAGGAGCACCGCAUUCACGAUUAUGAAGUUCUUGUUUUAGAAUGAUGAUACGACAAUUUUAAUU